UCACCAACAUUGCAACGUCAGAGCAUGUCACGUCAAAACUGUGAAAAAACGAAAGAAAGGGAAAAAGUGAAGUGCUAGUUGUAUUUCUCCACCAAACGAUUCCAGUAAAAUACCAUUAAUUUCCGAUUGCACAAUUGGAAAUUGAUUGGGAGUUGCUCUGUACCGUGUUACCCUGUGUACCCACAAUAGCAUUGUUGUAAAAUUCGUACCACAAAGUCCCGUUUUCCACGCGUAUCGAUAGUAGGUGUUUGCGCUGGAAUUUCCCAUUCGGUAGCGCGCUGCUUUUCCCCCCGCUGUGCGUACUUCAAGAAGUGUACGUGUUUGAAUUAAUUGGUGAUUAGUUGGCUCAAGAUUUGCCCGACCGCAACAGCACACGCUCGAAAAUGGCUGGUGGAAGUUCGCCCUCGAAGGAGGACAUUGAUGCCAUUUUCCAUCGGUUACGAUCACAGGCAACGAACAAGAGCUGUUUCGACUGUGGAGCGAAAAAUCCCACCUGGUCCUCGGUAACGUACGGUGUGUUCAUCUGCAUCGAUUGUUCCGCGGUGCACCGGAAUCUGGGCGUGCACCUGACGUUUGUACGUUCCACCAAUCUGGACACGAACUGGACCUGGUUGCAAAUUCGCCAAAUGCAGGUCGGAGGCAACGCAAAUGCAUCACAAUUUUUCCGUCAGCAUAAUUGCAAUACCACCGAUGCGCAACAGAAGUACAACUCACGGGCUGCCCAAUUGUACAAGGAUAAGUUGCUAAACAAAGCUCAACAGUCGCUACAGCUGUACGGAACAACGCUCCACAUUGACCAAGUGCACGACCUGAACACUGCCAGCGAUAAGAAGGAGGUAGACUUUUUUGCAGACUGUGACAACUUCGACGGUGACACCACUGUGCCACAGACGGGUAAGGACGAGCGUAAUAACAAUCCCAGCGCCAGGCCGAAGAUCGAUGCAGAGCAGGAGAACAUUCCAAAACUGGCCUCCCUCAGCGCAACGGUUGAUCCUUCUGCUGGACCACGGGUAGAUUUCCUUACCUCGGAGGUCCCGAUCGAACCGGUCAAGUCAACGAUCGGUGUACGAAAAAUUCAACCGAAAAAGGGUGGACUGGGUGCGAAAAAGGGUGGCUUAGGGGCGACCCGCGUCAAGACCAACUUUGCGGAAAUAGAAGAACGAGCCAACAUGGCUGACAAGCUGAAGCUUGCACCCGCUCCGGAGAAGAUUAUCACCGAGGAAGAAAAGGCAGAAACACUGGCCAGCGUGCGGCUCGCCUAUCAGGACCUCUCGAUCAAGCAGCACAAGGAGGAGGAAAAGCUGAAAGCGAUCGAUCCAAACAAGGCGAAACAAAUCGAGCGGCUAGGGAUGGGAUUUGGGCGGGCAUCCGGUGUGUCACAUUCCGCGCUGACCGAUAUGAAAACACUUACACAGGAGGAAACGACACGAAGUGGUGCACCGGUCACAAAACCGUACGAUCGGGACGAUUCUUCAAGCGGCGGUGGUGGUGGUGGUGGUGGUGUUGGUGGCGGAAACAACAGUGGCAAUGGAGGCAACGACUUUUUCGAUGACUAUUCCAUAAUCUACGGGUUUUCAGGUAGCGGUAAGGGCGCCGAUAUGAGUGAAGCUACACAGAUGGGCUUCGAUACGCUCGAGCCGAUCGACAGCAAGCGUCCGACGGUGAAAACGAUGUUCUCACCGGCGGGAGGAGGCAGCUUAAAGGGGGGAGCUACCAGUAUUAGUGAUCAACCAACAUACAGCCGCGCUGGUGGAAAUAGCAGCAGCAGCAGCAGUAAUAACAGCAGCAAUCGAAGAAAUGGUAGCCAUCAGUCGCAACCCGUCGAUAAUAGCGAUGCUGCGCAGAAAAAGUUCGGCUCGGCCAAAGGCAUCUCGUCCGAUCAGUUCUUCGGUGAUGAACAGUCGGGCUAUGAUCGAUCGUCAAACCUCUCGAAAUUCCAGGGUUCCACCAGCAUCUCUUCCGCCGACUAUUUCGGCCACGGUUCGUCAUCGAUGGGAUCGGGUGGUGGCGCUGGAAGAUCCGGAGGUUCACGCGGUCCCGCACUGCAAUACAACGGGCCAGAUUUGGAGGAUGUCAGAGAAAGCGUACGGCAGGGCGUCACAAAAGUGGCCGGCCGUAUCAGUUCGCUAGCAAGCGACGUGAUGAACUCCAUUCAGGAUAAAUAUGGCUACUGAAGCGUGCAUCAAGCAGUAACGCGAUCGCGCUCGAAAGCAUGUCCACGGAUCACAAUCAACAUUGUUUUACAAAGCUAACAGCAAAGGACCAGCCGCUGGUUAUAUUUUGUUUAGAAGGGUAAAGUGUAAGGGCCCACAGUGCGCUGCUGUGUUGGUUGUUUAAAGUAUGUUUAGUUAAUGUGUAUGUACUAUCAAAGUGUCGCUUGUUGAAAUACAAUACUGUAACUCUGUC